AUGAAGUUGGAGAAGAAACAGCCUGUUGACUUGGGGCUGCUGGAGGAGGAUGACGAGUUCGAGGAGUUCCCAGCUGAAGACUGGGCUGGUUUAGAUGAAGAUGAAGAUGCAUGUGUGUGGGAAGACAACUGGAAUGAUGACAAUGUGGAAGAUGAUUUCUCCAGUCAUCUAAUAGCUGAAUUAUAAAAACAUGGCUACAAGAUGGAAAGCUCAUAG